AUGGCUUAUCAGAACAGGCGCGAUGUAAGGCUAACCACAGACAGCGCACCUGAGUUCCAGAAACUACCCAAUGACCUAUCCGAACCUCCCGUUGACAAUACGAGAGAUUCCCUGCCAAAAUAUUACCCACGGGAUCAUGAAGUAACUCGCUGGCUUGUUAAUCAGAUGCGUUGCCGGAACGGAUUGCACCACCUGGUGAAUUUGGCCAACAUUCAACCAAGUCUCCUGUCAGCCUACUUUGAACUUUUUGAUCAACCACAUCUGUAUAUUGACGCGAAAACCGGUCCGGGUAUGCCUGCUUACGGAAUAAAGACGGUUCUUUAUUUAACUCCGUUAGCCAUAGCCAUCUAUUUGCGUCUCAAAUCUGUGUUACGUUUGCUCUUGGACACAUCAGGAACACGCAUCCACGCACGAGCGAGGCAGGAAGUAGAUAUCAAUGCAACUUGCUACGUUAGGCGCACAAAACCGAGACCUGGUCCAUUUAUCAUGGAUGAAUACUCCACAACCUACCCGGCCGUCAUUGCAGUGCGCCGAGAGUUUUUCAAUGGGAUUAACCUCCUCAUGUCAUUCGGUUUUAAUCCGCAGGCACCCAUCGGUAUUAUUGAUCGGUUGGGAACAACUCGAGAAACUACCCAUUGGUUCGUAGAUUUGUUGGAUUUUUGCGUGAAAUUAUUGAACACGCGUCCGGGAGUAGAUAUCAUCGGACUGUUACAAACUAUCAGUUACCGAACGAUGACAGAAGGAGGGAAUCUUUCUUUGUCUUACUAUGAUCCUUGCGUCUACGAUGUUCGGGCUGUUCUACAAGAUUCCGGUAGAACUACAAAUGAGGAAGUAUGGUGUUCCGUAUUUCAUCGACUUGCCAAAAAAGGAGCGAGUAGAAGCUAUUCGAACUGUGGUAACCGCCUGAUUGGGUUACUGGAGCAUAUCUCGGUAGCUGGAUUCUUCCGGCAAAAGUAUAUGCCUAAAGGGCCUGUAUCUUAUGACGCGGGAACAAACACACGAAAGGGGAAAAGAUUAGCACCCGCAAGAAAACUGAGUCCAGAUAUGAUAAACAGAUUGACUGGGCAGGAAAAGGAGUUGGCACGACUAUGUAUAGCUGCAGACCGGGAUUCCGCUCUCUGUUUAUUGACACUAUGGUUGGAACGAGUGAGAAACCGCUGCCUAGAUAGACAAGCACAACGGCUAUUUCGAUUAUUGACCAGUGGAUUGGCGGAUACAGGUUUGCUUGAGGACUUCCUUUUUCCACCACCAGACCGGGAUUCUACUACUGUGCGUCAUCCUAACUGGCUAGCCAUCGGAUUAUCAAAUAUACUUAACAAACAAAAUCAUACCGGCCGACAGUCGAUAAUGCAAGUGGAUUUUCUGGAAGACGAUGCAAAUGAAAUUUGUGAAUUAGAACCACCACAGGUAAAUGAAAUACGGCAAGAAGUCGGAAUUUUAGCACAUACAAUGGGUUUGGUAGAUUACUCGGAAAAAUUAAGCACAUUCGGUUAUCCGCGAAUGUUUGAGAUCAUGCCAAUCAGUGGAGCACUUGGAGAUGCCGAGAGUUUCGCUCGCACGCAAACUGGGGCGACUUUAAGCGGAGAAGGUCUCAAAGAAAGCUGGACAACACCGGACGAAACCGACUCUCCUGAACACAGAUGCGCCUCGGAGGAUAUCGAUCGAAAAGGCAACCAAAGUCGAGUGAGUUUUGGGAUAAAUUCCUUCCAAAACACAGCUCAAAGAAAAACACCAGCUGGGGGUAACUGCCGUUUGUUUUGGUCAAGUCCAAAUCGACAUGUAGCUGCAUCCCCCAUUAUCACUUCAGGGAAACCUUUUUCGGUUCACACAGUAGAAGUACAACAACAUAAUGAAAACAGGAAUAACAAGACAGAAGUCAGCACUAAGAUUAAUCCGGCCGCAGGAGAAGUAUUAUCCAUACACAGUCCAACUAGCGUUGACCAAAAGCCAAAAGACUUUAAAAAGGAAACUCCGCCUAAAGACCAACUCGGGAAAAUCGCCAUUCACAAAAAUGCAUUAACACGUUCUGUUGAUAGAACCACUCAACCCAAACAAGCUAAAAGACGGAGCUCGGUAUGGCGAAGCAAAAAGACUAUCAAAGACAAUGAAACGUAA